AUGUCGUUGAAUCAACUAAGCCCCAUUGCUCAAGCGGAACUUGAGACUGGAACCACCACUCGGCCACCAAAGUUGAAAGGGGCUGAAGACUUUAGCACCUGGAAGACUCGCAUUCAAUCGUUCUUCGAGUACACGGACUACAAUCUGUGGCUCUCUGUCACAGCUGGACCCCACAUUCCAACUGUUGUUCGAGGAGAUGCGGUAGUUGCCAACAAUGAUGCAACUACCUUUACUGAUGAAGACAAGGCUCUUAUCCAACGUGAUCGUCGUGCUCAUGCUGCCUUGACCAUGGCACUAUCUACUGAUGACAGCAACAUGUUUGAAGAACACCGAACUGCAAACGCACUCUGGAAUGCAUUGAUUGAAUACUAUGAAGGAAAUGAGGAGUUGAUCGAAAGCAAGAGGGAUAUGGUGCAGAAACAAUAUGACAUGUUCUGUGGAGUUCGUGGAGAAAGUCUUUCCGAUCACAUCAGUCGUUUUCUGAAUAUGAUGACCAAAAUGAAGAAGGCGGGAAAUCCUGUCACAAAUCGUGCUGCAAUCAAGAAGUUGCUAGAUUCACUUCCCAAAGAAUGGAGCCUACAAUGCAUGAUCAUCAAGAAGGAUUUUCUCAACAAUCCAAACCCUGUCACUCUGUCCGACUUGAUCAACACACUAAGAGCCUUUGAAAUGGAUGUCAACAAAAGAGAGAUGAACACUGCCAGCUACCCUCCAAAGUCAACUCAAACUUCGGCUGGAUUGAAAAAUGUUGCAUUCCUUGCUUCAGGGGGCACCACUCCACAAGCUUCUGACUUAAUCUAUGCCAACGCUUCCGCGAGCGCAUCGAAAGCUCCACAACUUGUUGAGAAGACUAUCACUGUUGACACUCAAGCGUUGAAAGUAUCCACUGAAAAUGUGGCACUUUUCAACACAUUUCUUAGCAGCUAUGAAGCCCUGAUGUCUGGAGAACUAAGAAAGGAGAUGUUCACAGCUGAAGACAUGUACCAGGUUGAUCUAGAUGAUAUGGAGGAAAUGGAUCUGAAAUGGUGCUACAACUACAAGAAUCUGGGCCAUUUCAAGCGUCAUUGUCCUAUGUUGAAAGAAGGAAACAGUGAAACCACUCCUGCUGUAAAGCAAAUCACAGUUGAAGAGAACAAGAACAAUGCGUCUCCUAGCACGCCAAAAGCUUUAGUCGUCGAAGACUAUGAUUGGAGUGAGGAAAUUACUGAAGCAAAGGAGCAAGUCAACAAAGCUCUGGUGGCCAAGAUCUCAGGUAAAUCAUCAUCAAGGCAGUUCGAAAAGCAGACAGCUGGAAUUCCAAAAGGAGACAAUACUGCUGACAAAGGCUUGAAAAGCAUUUUGACUUCAGUGGAGCCUGAAAAUGAAAAGAAGUGUGGAGAAGCAGAGGAGCAUGGUUUGAAAGAGGCAUCUGAUCAAAAGAAGGGUAAGGAAAAGGUCAUAGCAGCUGCCAUCAAAGCAGAUUCAUCAAAAGAGAAAGCUCACAAGGACUUGGUAAACAAAUUGAAAAAGAAUAGUUUUGGAAAAUUCCUCACAGAGGAAAUUCCCGAAUUUAUUCCUUCUAGAACAGGUGUGACGGAUUCAGAAAAGAGUGUUACUGAAGAUCAUGGCAAGGAAGACUCAAGUGUCACUGCUUCAGAAGACAAGCAAGGAUCAGAAAGUUCAAGUGAAGAUCAAACAGUAAGUGAUGAAAGUCUAGAAUUCCCUAGUGAUGAAACACAGAAAUCCCAAGUGAAGAUCAACCCACCAAUGAUGAAAGCUUCGAAUCGUCAAGUUCUGAAACCAUUGAAGACCAAGACUCAGAAAGUUCAAACAAAGAUCAAUGCUACAAUGAGUCAAGUUACGAAGCAAAAUAAACUCCAGAAAUGGCUUCAUAUGCUCAUGGAAUACAUCUGGCAUGUGGACAGCGGAUGUUCAAGACACAUGACUGGAUUGAAGGAAAUUCUGAAGAACUUUCGCUUCAUCGAUGGUGAUUUCGUAUCUUUCGCUGGAGACGAGAAAGGAGGAAAGAUUGUUGGAGUAGGAGAUGUGGUUUCUGAAGCCCUCACGUUGGAGAAUGUCAACUAUGUUCCGGAAUUGUGCUACAAUCUCAUGAGUGUCUCACAAGUCUGUGAUAAAGGAAUAUCGGUGCUUUUUAAUGACAUGGAAUGCUUGUUUCUCAAGCCCGGUUAUGUUGUUCCUGCUGAAAUGAUCAUGCUUACUGCUCCAAGACAAAACAACACAUACGUGCUCAAUAUAAAGAACCCCAAGACAAACGACAAUCUGACCUGCUUGAUCUCUAAGGCUUCAGAAUCGGAGUCACUGCUUUGGCACAGGCGAUUGGGGCAUGUUAAUUUUAAAAAUAUGAAUAAACUCUCUAAGUUAAACUUAGUAAGAGGUCUUCCGAUUAAAGAAUUCCCAUUUUCUGAAAAAUAUGAUUUCUCUCGGUUUUCAUGGGUGUAUUUUCUUGAAGCAAAAAGCAAGACAGCUAAAGUUCUCAAAUCAUUCAUCCCGCUGAUUGAAAAUGUGACCAAACUAAAAGUUAAGUCGAUCAGAAGUGACAAUGGGUCCAAGUUCAAAAAUCAGACCUUCAUAUCCUUCUGUGCUGAAAAGGGAAUUCAUCUCCAAUACAGUGCAGCCAGAACUCCCCAACAGAAUGGAGUUGCUGAACGCAAGAAUAGAACAUUUAUCGAAGCUGCACGAACAAUGCUGGUGGACUCAAAGCUUCCAAUCAUCUUCUGGGCAGAAGCUGUAAAUACGGCAUGCUACGUUCUAAACAGGGUACUCAUUGUAAAACCACAUGGAAAGACAGCAUAUGAACUUCUCUUCAAAAGAAAGCCGCUCAUUGACUUCUUUAGACCAUUUGGUUGUUCGUGCACCCUUCUAAACACUCAAGAAAAUCUCAUCAAAUUUGAAGCAGUGGGUGAUAUCUGCUACUUCAUGGGGUAUUCAUCCACACAGAAGGCCUACCGUGUUUACAACAAAAGAACGAAGAUGGUGAUUGAAUCUUACUAUGUUGAUUUUCAAGAAGGAAACUACACCAACACCGGAAGUACUCCUGAUUGGUUCUACGAUGUGGGUGUGAUUUUUAACACCUUUGAAAUUCCGGAAGUAGUUCCAGAAAUAGAACCUGUUGAAGACACUCAAGUUGAACCACUGUUUGAUUCAUCAGACAUUGGUUUAACCCCGUUUACCACCCGUCUAUCUCCAACAUCUGCUGACCCUAUUCUGGCGAAUGUGGAUGAACCAACUCAAGAAGAUGAUCCACCAGUGAUUUACGUAGACGAACACUUCACCAAUCUUCCGCAGCAGAUUGAAUCUCUGACAAAUGCCGGAUACAAGACAAAUCGAAAUCAUCCUCUUGAAAACGUCAUCGGCGCAGUCGAAGAAGGAGUACGUACACGCGGGCAGUCGUCAAGCAUCAACAAAGGCCUCUUCGCAGCUUUUCUUUCGCAAUCCGUUCCACGAGACAUUGAAGAUGCUAUUCAAGACUCCAGUUGGGUUCAGGCCAUGCAGGAAGAGCUAUCUCAAUUCAGGAAGCUUAAAGUUUGGGAACUAGUAGAUUUACCUGAAGGAAAGUUUCCAAUUGAUACUAAAUGGGUCUUCCGUAACAAGAUGGAUGAUCGUGGAGUGGUAAUCAAGAACAAGGCCAGAUUGGUGGUACAAGGUUUUCGUCAGGAAGAAGGGAUUGACUACGAAGAAGUAUUUGCUCCGGUUGCACGAUUGGAAGCAAUCAGAAUAUUCCUGGCAUAUGCAUCAUACAGAAAUUUCAAAGUUUUCCAAAUGGAUGCUAAGAGUGCUUUUCUUUAUGGAAAAGUAAAGGAAGAAGUUUAUGUAUGUCAGCCUCCAGGGUUCGAGGAUCCUCAUUUUCCAGGUCGCUAUUUCAAGUUGGACAAAGCACUCUAUGGUCUUCACCAAGCUCCACGCGCUUGGUAUGAGACUUUGUCCACAUACUUGUUAGAGUAUGGAUACACCAGAGGAAAGAUCGACAUGACUCUCUUCACCAAAAAGAUCGGGGAGGAUGUAAUGCUGGUUCAAAUCUACGUCGACGAUAUUAUCUUCGGGUCAACGAACGAGGCGUUGUGCAGAGAAUUCGAAACCGUCAUGAAGUUUCUCGUUAUGGUGAUGAACCUCGAGUGGGAUAAAACGUUGAAACAUAAUCAAAGCAUCAAUCUAGAUGAGGUGCCUCAAGAUUUUGAAGAUGUAGCUAGAUGGGUGCGUUCCAGCAGAAUCGGUUAUGUUGUGGAAACAAACGUUAAGGUUUACAAGAUUCACAUACAAGAAUUCUGGGAGAACGCAAAACCUGAGACUAUCAAUAACAAAAGAGGGAUAGCGUCAACGGUUCGCAACAAAAGAGUAGAGGUAACUGAAGACAGGAUCCGCCAGGUUCUGAAGCUACUAGACAAUGAUCAAGAUCCGUUAAGCCUGAGCAAAGAUGAUAUUCUGGAUGGUUUUCGAGGAAUGGGUUAUGCUGGAGAUUUCCGUUAA